AUUUUUAAUUUUUCCGGGAAAGAAUAAAAUAAAUUAAACAAUUGCUGUUAAUCUCAUUUCACAUUCUUCUUUUUCUCGAUGCUCGCGACCCCAAUUCGUCGAUGUUAAAAGUAUAGCGUGACGUGUUUCCUGUUUCCAAUUUUCGCCGAGUGUCCGCUCUUGUUCAAUAUUCCUUUCUCUAUGCAUAAACUAAUCACCACAUGAACAAAAUGAUGUCGUCCGGCGUCGGACGUCGCUUCGGCAACAGGAAUUUCGAGCCAAACUUCGAACCAGUAAUGGCCACCACGACCGCGGACGCUGCGGACUACGCUACCUUUGCCUCCCUGACGGCCCUGAGUCUGGGAACCGGACUCUACCUCUCCCUGCGGAGGCAAGCUCGCUUCUUGAGCAAGGAGGAGGCGUUCCUCGGCAGCCGAACCCUGCACGCUGUGCCCCUCGCCCUCUCCAUGGUGGCGUCCAGCGUCACGGCCGUGGGGCUCGUGGGCUUCGUCGCGUAUUACUACGUCCACGGCUUCCACACGCUCUGGGUCAUAGCCGCCUUCGUGCCAGGAUCGCUCGUCGUGACCUACCUCUUCCUGCCAGUGCUGUACCAGCUCAAGGUUACGUCCAUCUUCGAGUACCUGCGCAUGCGCUACGGAAACAGCGUGGGAAUCGUGUCUUCCCUGACAUACUUCGUCCUGAGCCAAACCACCGGUGCAGCUGGAAUCUUCAGCGCUGCAGCAGCCAUAUCAACAGUCUUCGAGGUGUCACUGCACGCUUCAAGUGUCGUCAUCGGAGUCGCCGGAACCACGUAUACCGCACUGGGCGGCCUUCGAAGCGUCGUGUGGGCAGACAGCAUACAGGCGCUAAUAAUGGCGGCGUCGCCGGUCUUGAUCACGUCAAAGAUCGUUUACGACUCUGCUCACAGCCCCGUUCCGUUGCGGUCUCUCGCCGACGUGAACGCCACAGCAUACAUAUUACGAACAGACUUGGACAUCACAGCGGACGAAACAGUAUGGGCGGCUUCGUUAGCAGCCUUUCCAUUCCACCUGAUGAGGUUAGGACUGGAUCAGAUGAUCACGCAAAGAUUCCUGGCGGCGAGGUCACUGCGAGACGCAAGAGUUGUUGCCUUUGCCGGUGUAAGUCUGCUGUCAUUUUUCUACAUUCUUCACGGGUUAACAGCGUUGGCCAUGGUGUACUGGUUUAGGGACUGCGAUCCUGUUCUGUCUGGCUCAAUAACUCGCUACGAUCAGAUCGUGCCGUACUACGUGAAAAAUAGCGCUAGAGCCAUCAACGGAGUUCGAGGGUUGUUUUUAGCUGGGAUUGCGAGCGCCUCCAUAAGCACGGUGUCAUCUGUCGUGAACUCCAACGCAGCUGUUCUGUUUGUAGACAUUGUGUCGCCAAACUUCCACGUUCCGCAAGCGAAGACUGCGCUCGUAAUGGCUGGCCUCGCGGCGGCAAGCGGCACAGUCAUGACAAUCGUGGGCCUCUUGGUUCCCUACAUAGGAUCUGCCGCGAGGUUUUUCAUCACACUGAGCGCCGCAGCAUCGGGUCCAUUCGCAGGAAUCGUUAUUCUUGCGUUUCUCUUUCCCUGGGCCAACACGAAGGGCACGGCUACGGCCGCGCUGGGUAUGUUUCUCAUCCAGACUUGGCAAACAACUGGGAGGUUCAUGGCCCGUAUAGAACCCCUGAGAAUGACCUAUGGCACUGACAGAUGUCCGGGGAAUUCAACGUACCACGAUGUACCGCAGCAUGAAGACCGUCUUUACUCGGACGUUUUCCCGCUCUACCGGCUUUCCGCCUACUGGUGCUGCCUGUUCUCGACCAUACUGACGGUGCUGCUCGGCCUGACUUUCAGUAUCCUAUCCGCUCGACCGGAUGAUGGCCUCCAAAACGCCUUGCGUCUUUCGAGUCCUUUGGCCUUGAAGUUCUGGCAGCGAAUCGGCUUGCUUCGACAACGACAAAAGGAACCUGAACAUGGAGCAGUCAACGAGCGAGGCGAUAGGAUAUCGUCUUACGAAAUUCGGCCUUUGCAAGAUAAACAAGACGAAGCCUAAGCCACGCGCGGGAAAUACGAGCAUCACGGAGUCAAGACUCAUCUCUCUCCGUAUCGAAAAGUGACCGGCACACCUAAGCAAUACGAAGACUUGUCCGUGAACACCGACCAGUUGCCUAACCCAAAGUACGGCUUUAGAACAUCCCUUUCCAGGUGCAGGACAGCCAAUCCGGAUCCACCAGUUCGGUUCAACUUGAUGCCUUCCCCUUGCCAAUUCGCUCUCUCCCAGCUACCAUACAACAUGCCGUACUAUAGACCUUUUCAUCGGGUGAGGAGGACGGGGCGCGCGGAGAGCCUUUCCCCCUCUCUGGCUUGGGCGAUCCGGCGCGGCGCUGCUUGGAAGUAUUGUUAUCGCGCGCUGCGGAACGAUUUCGAGAUGCCCUUUCUACUAACUUGCGAGGCCAGAGGGGACGCAGGCAGAACUGUAGAGAAGAAAAGAAUAGGAGAAGAAGGAGAGGGAGGAAAAGAGGCACUUCACAUAUAGACCUUUUCAUCGGGUGAGGAGGACGGGGCUCGCGGAGAGCCUUUCCCCCUCUCUGGCUUGGGCGAUCCGGCGCGGCGCUGCUUGGAAGUAUUGUUAUCGCGCGCUGCGGAACGAUUUCGAGAUGCCCUUUCUACUAACUUGCGAGGCCAGAGGGGACGCAGGCAGAACUGUAGAGAAGAAAAGAAUAGGAGAAGAAGGAGAGGGAGGAAAAGAGGCACUUCACAUAUAGACCUUUUCAUCGGGUGAGGAGGACGGGGCUCGCGGAGAGCCUUUCCCCCUCUCUGGCUUGGGCGAUCCGGCGCGGCGCUGCUUGGAAGUAUUGUUAUCGCCCGCUGCGGAACGAUUUCGAGAUGCCCUUUCUACUAACUUGCGAGGCCAGAGGGGACGCAGGCAGAACUGUAGAGAAGAAAAGAAUAGGAGAAGAAGGAGAGGGAGGAAAAGAGGCACUUCACAUAUAGACCUUUUCAUCGGGUGAGGAGGACGGGGCUCGCGGAGAGCCUUUCCCCCUCUCUGGCUUGGGCGAUCCGGCGCGGCGCUGCUUGGAAGUAUUGUUAUCGCGCGCUGCGGAACGAUUUCGAGAUGCCCUUUCUACUAACUUGCGAGGCCAGAGGGGACGCAGGCAGAACUGUAGAGAAGAAAAGAAUAGGAGAAGAAGGAGAGGGAGGAAAAGAGGCACUUCACAUAUAGACCUUUUCAUCGGGUGAGGAGGACGGGGCGCGCGGAGAGCCUUUCCCCCUCUCUGGCUUGGGCGAUCCGGCGCGGCGCUGCUUGGAAGUAUUGUUAUCGCGCGCUGCGGAACGAUUUCGAGAUGCCCUUUCUACUAACUUGCGAGGCCAGAGGGGACGCAGGCAGAACUGUAGAGAAGAAAAGAAUAGGAGAAGAAGGAGAGGGAGGAAAAGAGGCACUUCACAUAUAGACCUUUUCAUCGGGUGAGGAGGACGGGGCUCGCGGAGAGCCUUUCCCCCUCUCUGGCUUGGGCGAUCCGGCGCGGCGCUGCUUGGAAGUAUUGUUAUCGCGCGCUGCGGAACGAUUUCGAGAUGCCCUUUCUACUAACUUGCGAGGCCAGAGGGGACGCAGGCAGAACUGUAGAGAAGAAAAGAAUAGGAGAAGAAGGAGAGGGAGGAAAAGAGGCACUUCACAUAUAGACCUUUUCAUCGGGUGAGGAGGACGGGGCGCGCGGAGAGCCUUUCCCCCUCUCUGGCUUGGGCGAUCCGGCGCGGCGCUGCUUGGAAGUAUUGUUAUCGCGCGCUGCGGAACGAUUUCGAGAUGCCCUUUCUACUAACUUGCGAGGCCAGAGGGGACGCAGGCAGAACUGUAGAGAAGAAAAGAAUAGGAGAAGAAGGAGAGGGAGGAAAAGAGGCACUUCACAUAUAGACCUUUUCAUCGGGUGAGGAGGACGGGGCUCGCGGAGAGCCUUUCCCCCUCUCUGGCUUGGGCGAUCCGGCGCGGCGCUGCUUGGAAGUAUUGUUAUCGCGCGCUGCGGAACGAUUUCGAGAUGCCCUUUCUACUAACUUGCGAGGCCAGAGGGGACGCAGGCAGAACUGUAGAGAAGAAAAGAAUAGGAGAAGAAGGAGAGGGAGGAAAAGAGGCACCGACGGACGCGCCACUUGUGGUGGCCUUGCGCAGAACACGCGGGAGAGGAGCCUGGCGCGCGCCGUAGUUUGUUGCGUCGUUGAUCGUGCUUCUCUGUCUUAUUCACGUUUUCAGAGCAGGAUAGGCAACACCAUUCGCACGUGUGGGGUGGCCAAAGCUUCAGGGAAUGUCGGAGAAGAAUUGUUGCAGGGUGGGGGGCUCAAAUACCGGUGAAAACGUGCCCGCCAUACGGUUCUAAUCAUUCCCGGCAAAGCCUCAUCAGCGGGAGCAACGGUAGCAAAAAUGGAUCGUCGCUUCGAAGGGAAAUUUCUUGUUCUCAUCCUUUCCUUUGUCUCGUCGGUGUUGUUUUCCAUUCGAUCGGAGUUAGACGCUUAAGCGACGAAGUUCGUCUGCAGUGCAGC